AAGAAAAAAGAAAAGAAAAGAAAAGAAAACACCAGGUGGAAGAGGAGGCAAAGCAAGAAUGGCGAGUGGUGCGACUGCGAUGCAGCGGUGCGGCGUAGCGGCACGGUGGUUGAUGAGGCCGGCAGUGACAGAAGCUUCUCCGAUACUCUGUGGUCGCGGUGACAAGAGGACGGAGAAAGGGAAGAGGUUCAAGGGAUCAUACGGCAACUCUCGUCCCAAAAAAGAGAAGAUGAUCGAACGCAUCAAGGACAAGAACGAAGUUCCCAGGUCUACUCCUUGGCCUCUUCCUUUCAAGCUCAUUUGAUUCCAAUUCCAUUCCCUCAACAACCACCAGUUUGUACUCCAAUCUCUAGGGUUUUUUGGAUUAUACUAGUGUUAAUUUGUAAUUGAAUAAAGACUUUGUUGGUUUGCUAGGUUAUAUGAUUGUGUACUAGUCUUUCAAUUAAUAUCCAGGCCAUUUUCACUGAUUUUUGGAUAA